GUGAGGCAUUCACUUUGUUUUAGGUGUGCCAUCAUGCUUUUCAUCACGAUUUAAACACUGACAUUAGUCUGUUUAAGGGACGCUUCUGGUGUGUUUUGUCAGGUAUCUUGGAGACAGGAUGAGAGGGAUCUGCAAAAAAGAUGACUAUUAGAUAGUUGCCAGACAGCUAGGACGAUUAAACACUUGACCUGACAAUGAAGGAAAAUAAAAAGGCAUACACUGGACAGUAGAAGCUAGUGUAUCAUGCCAUACCUGGUACACACUGCCCAUGCCCAGUUUGUGGGGUUAUGGGUUGGUGCGGUUGGUUGGAUCCUCACCAUCGUAGCCGUCGGCCUGGUGGAAUGGAGGGUGUGGGAGGUAUCCGACCUGUCUGUCAUCACCUCUGGUAUGGCUUGGGUGGGUAUCUGGAAGGUGUGCUUUUACACCAGUGUGAUUGUCACACCUGAAUACAAGGUCAUGUACUGCCAGCGGAUGCAUCUGACAGACCCUUACAUGCCUAAUGAGAUUGCUGCUGCCCAGGCGCUCAUGCUGCUUGCCUUUAUCUUGGGAUUUUUUGGUAAUUCAAUCAUCAUUUAUGGACUCAGGAACAUCUACUUUGGACUGAACGAGGCUAGAUCUAUCACACUGCCUUUUUCCUUUGGUGGAGGACUUAUGUUACUUGCUGGUGUGAGCUCAUUAAUUCCUCUUUACUGGAACAUAAACUCUGUGGUGACUAACCAGACCAUCAACUUUCCACCUAACUUCAACAUGCCCCCAGCUCCUGAUAAGCAGUAUGUUGGUUCGGGUAUCGCUGUUGGAAUUUUUGCAUCCAUAUUGGUGGUAUUAAGUGGAAUAGUGUUCCUGUGCUACAAGCUGCCAGAAGGACUGAACUCCAAAAUCAAACCUUCAAGGAAAAAGGAGAACAACGAUGGACUGUGUGAAACUGAAAUGGCAGUGCAUGUAAAAUCCAGACAAAAGCCUGAGCAAGACAGAAUAAACAGCCUCGGUAUUGAUAACCUGGCUUUCCAGUCCCCAAAAGACGGGUAAAUGUGAAUGUGGGUUUUCAAUCAUAAACUCUUUCUGUGAAGGCUUCGUAAUAUGAGUGUGCAUUGAAAUGUAAGUGUUUUUGAAGGGAGGUUGGGUCAGAUUGUUUACAAGGCAAACAAUUUUUGCACAAUUAAAGUGUGUCCUUUGGGGUAGGAUAGUAACUGGGAAGUUAUUCAUAAACAUCCUUAACUCUAGGGAUUUGACACCAUUGCAACAUGCUCACAAUGAUGCACAACCAAAGCUAAUAAAUGUUUAAUGUGAACUAUAUUCUUAAUGUAUUCUUGCACAUUGCACCUGUUAAAUGUGCCAUGGGAAUUAUAUAUUUUUAAGUUUUGUAGGUUUAUAUGGAUAUAAAUUGUUUUUGACUCAUUUAAAAAUUUACACAAGUGUCAAAGGAGCAAAUGUAAACAAUGAAAGAAACCUUGACUUAAAUGCAUGUUGAUGCAUUUACCAUAACAGCAUGCAUCUUUGGAAGGGGCCUCAUUUGACAGAACUCUACAAAAAUCAUUUGUAAACCUGUACCUUUAGGCUUUCUGAUUAGAGAAAGGUUUCAGGAUAGAGGACUUUGUUCUUUGUGGAAUCUUUGUAACAUGACAACUAUAAUAAACUGGUGUGGUAACGACUGCUUAUAGCUGCUACAGUGUACAUGAUAACUUGUUUCAUGAAUGUUCUACAAUGUUAAGUCCAACAAUUAAUGAAUAAGUAUGACAUCUUUAAUUCAUAAAAAAAGAUAAAAGUCAUAUAAAAGGAAUGAACACUCAAGGGUUCCUUAGUCUUCAUACUAUUUGUAGAUCAUUUUACAAUGUUGCUUUGGGACCAGAGUAAAAUAUAUUCUUUUUAGAAUACCAUUUAAAUAGUCCUAAAAUAGUCUUUUCUGAACCACUUUCAGAGACAAUGCCCUGGAGUUGAUGUAACUGAUAUAACAGCGGUAAUGAGACCUUGGAUUGGGAUUCACAAAAGUAUUUUCAGAUUAAAAAAGAUCCAAAAAAGUUGCCAGAGAUAUGAUUUGUGCCAUUAGAUUCUUAUGAAUCAUGUUUCAAGCCUGAUGGUUGAUUAUUUUCUUGAUCUUCUUUUAAUGAUCUCUCACUUUGUUUCAUUGUAGUUACUACAAAAUCAAUAAACUUUUGGAAAUCUUUCUGGAUGAUGAAAAAUAUUGCAGUUUCACCAGUAGUAAGAUGAAUGAAGAAUCAGAAGCCAGGGUACGGUCAAAGAGAUUUUAUUGAGUGCACAAAGUUGGACUUUUAUGCUGAUGUGUGCAUGCAAAUGAAAGACUAGAUAAUAUAGAUAAUCCCCAAGGCUAAGAUAUGGAAAAAAGCAUAAAAAGCAAAAGCAAGGGUAAGGGUAAAAAACAUUGUGACCCAGUAUAACUGAUAUGAAUGAACAAAGUACAGCCAUGUAUACACUUCCAGAUCAUGAAUAAGCAAAAUUCACUCUGAAAAAAGCAUGAAAAAAAUAAAUGAUCCCACAGAUUUACUAAAUAUUAUGCUUUUUGAAUAAAAUGGCAAAAUAUUA